AUGGCUGUCAUGGAUCCUUUCAAUCCUCCAGCAUCCAAGAAACGUGCCACUGAGCAGCAGACUGCUUUCUUGCACUCAUGCUACACGAGGAGAUCCUGGCUUUCCGCGUUCUCUGCUGCGGUGCCCCUUUUCCUGUUGAGCUACUCGUCAUGCGUGUCCUACGCUCACCUUAUUGUCUCUGGUGCAUAUGGCUACCCAAUUCGCGCUGUUGUUGUCACGUCCAUGCAUCUGUUCAGCAGUGGCCUUACAGGCCUCAUCCUUCCGCUGCGGAGCAACAUGGCUAAUAUUCUUGAUGUGGCUGCACCGGAGGGCCUUGCAAUGCGCAAGCCCCCAAUGCCACUGCCGGCUUGA